AUGUCGGAGGGGGAAAAGACUUCCACUCCCAGCAAGCCCGUGGCUGCGGUUGUGCCGAACAGCCCCCGUGCUGAGUCGCCCACUACCGCGCGACCCCUGGACUUCGACGAUGAGCCGCAGGAGUCUGGAGUCACCUCCAGCGGCAACGCCGCACCGUCUCAACAGACCCAACAGACCGCCACUGAGGCUCCCCCAGCUGCCCCGCCAAAGCCGCCGAGGCCUCUGAGCCCUAGAGAGCAGUCGGUGAACACACUCAAGGAGGCUUUCCCUACAAUCGAGCCUACCGUGAUCAAGGCUAUUCUGAACGCGAGCAAUUGGAAUGUCGAGCGCGCAUUCAAUGCGCUUCUAGGCAUGACCGAUCCCACCGCUCAAGAGGAUAUGGUGCCUCCCCCGAAGCCCCCUCGCCCGUCGAAGCCUGCCACCACCACCACGCAGCGACAACUGGAAGCCGACGAACAAUAUGCGCGGCAAUUGGCGGAACACUACAAUGCUGGGGGGCGCCGGGGUCCGGCCCCUGGGUGGGAGAACGACCCUCGAUAUCGCCAACCACGGGGAAGCGAGGACUCGGAAGAGAAGGAAUAUAAUUUCUUCGAAGAUGAUCUACCUGUGAUCCGCGAUAACUUCCGCAAAGGGUUCCUGGAGACACAGACGAAGGUUAACUCAUGGUUUGGGAACCUGAAGAAGCAAUUCAAUGGCGAGGAUGAGGACGAGGAGGAAAGGAGGUCCAGCCAGCAAUAUGAGCAACAGACCUCGGCGUUUGGACGCCCACGGCGCAGCGGCGAACCGGGUCGCCGCAGUGGAGACCGUGAGCGCUAUGAUGCAGACCCCCAAGUGCUAGGUGAUGACUUCUCUGCACUCAAUCUACGGGACGGUGAAGCUCCUCCUCGCCCACCCCGCCCUGGCACCAACAUCAAGAAAGCCGCAUCGCCUUCUCCCGAUAGGCGGAAGGUAUCCUUCCAAGACGGCCCUCCCACCGAAAUCGACAACUUGUACGAUCCAUCCACCCCGGGCAAGCGCAACGCCCCAGCAGGCGCCAAGUCGAGCAAGUGGCAGCCUCUAGCCACAGUCGAGCCGUCCCCGGUAGCGGAGAAUGACCCAUUCAGCCUUGGUGACAGUGAUGAUGAGAAGGAUACGAAGGCCAGAGAGCAAAACACUGUUUCGGAGAGCGAGCAGCUCAAGAUGGCCACCGCCGAGGCAAUGUCCGGCGAGAUUGGCUCCUCCAAGGACGACAAAAAGACGGAGGAUUCUUCGAAAUAA